AUGGACUCCUUUCCCCAUCCUGCUCGACUAUCUCAAGGCCUUGUUAACAUCCCCGGCUCAACACCUCAGGGUGCCACACUAGUCGCCAAACUGCUGUACAAAGACUUUCAUGAACACCAUUGCUUCUUCAAUGACGCCUUUUUCCACGACCAUCUGGCGCACCAUCUGUUAUCGAUGUACGACCUUGGUGCAUCCGAAGAGGCCAUCCAACACAUGAAUGAUUUCGAAGUCAAAAUGCAGCGGAACCUUCUACACGGCAAAACGGAGACAGAACGGAUAGAACGAAAGGCUGGGGCCAUUAAUGAGGAAAACUGGAAAGAUACCUUGGGCGAGAAAAACGCUCGUCUUUACGCUGACUACCUCGAGUUUUUCGCUCAACGCAUUGCGAUUAACGGUGUCCCCAGAACCCUGACGAAAUAUCUGUUCUCGCCCGAAGCAAACGGCAAUGGUGUCAUGAUGCUUGCACGUUUCUUUGGCGGGAUUGUGCACCCAAUCAUCCAGGCUGCAUUUGGAAUUGAGUUUGGUCAGAACCACAUGGUCGCACAAGCCCUUGCUCUGACUGCCCUCACCUCGCCCGAGGGAGCUGUUGUCAUGGAACCGUCUGGCUUGCCCGAAAUUAUAACUACAGCCUCUGGGGUAACUUCCACAUCCCUACUUUCUCUGCUCCGUGAAUUUUACGACCACCCAAACAUAACAAACAUGCCGUUUCCCGGCCUGCCUGGCCCUGGCGUAACUUUCGCCAAGCUCGUCGACUGGGUCAAUGGGAAUCCUUCAAAUGGAAGUACGAUUCGCGACAUCAUCUCUAAAUGGACAUUCGACCUUGCCUCAUCCACAGACAUUGAGUCAAAGCUGGACGAAGCGCUCUGGCAAUGUGCGCUCUUGGUCGGGGGCAUUACGCCUGCUGGAAAGCAGCCUCGAAUGGACUUUCUCGUUAUGCACCUGCUCACGUCCGCCCUUGGGCUUCGUCCCAUCAUUUCCCUCCUUGAAACGCCGCUUCAGAAGGCCCAGCUCUUGGUGACGCAUGCUCGCUCGUCGUUGCUGGUGCUUCUCCUUCGAGGAACGCCCAAACUAGACUGCUCUGUCGUCAUGAAGCUCCCAUCAGUCCCAAAACACGUCAUCCCGGGCGCCAGCGUCUGGUUCCCGCUCAUCGCGAACGCCAAUCUCCACACCGAGGUCCACGUCGUCAAGGCCAUCCGCGCACUCGUGUACGCCGCUCAACGCCUCGGAAAUACAGAGGCAGGUGGCAUGCCCGGUGCGGUCGAUGCUGCAGGAAAGGAAACACAUCCAGGUGCAAAGAACGUCGACGGGACAGUCUUCAUCCGCAUCGCGGCUGUGUUGACAAAUCAAUUGGGCUGGGUCUCGCAUGGGGAUGCAGAAAAGCCCUGGGACUUUCGAGGAUUCUGGGCGGAAUCAGGCUGA